UGCUGCACCUGUUGCACCAUUUAUUCUAUUUUGUCGCUCUCCACGUUCGCAGAGAGACACUGGUUGGGUCACACUCCAAACAGUUACCGCAGCUCAUCGGGUGCAAUGGACGUGCUACGUUUCGGCACGAGUUCACUGUACAUCGUUGCUACAACAUCGGUGCUAGCGGCACUUUUGGCGACACUCCUGCGCCGCCAUUUAGCCAAGGACCGCUCUCGCAGGGCCCUGCCAGGUCCUUUCGGUUGGCCUGUGCUUGGAAAAUUGAACUUCUCGCCCGGCCGCAUUUCCUUCAAGCAGUCUGUUCAGUGGUCCAAAAAAUACGGUUCCAUUGUGGGACUGAAGCAAGGUUCUGUGGACGUCGUGAUCCUGAAUGACAACGAACAGAUCAAGGAAAUUUUCUCCAGACCGGAACUUCAGGACCGCCCGACCACUUGGGGUCUAAGCUCUGCCCAAAAAGGGUUUUCGACCUUCAGCGGACAGCAAUGGAAAGAAAACAGGGACUUUUCCAUGAGAGCAUUGGCGAAGCUUGGACUCGGGAGCGAGACGAUGCGCCAGCACAUACAGUUCGAAGCCAGGCACCUAGCGGACACUUUGGCUUCGCAGCAUGGUCACCCCGUGUCAAGCUUCGUGUACGUGCACAGGAGCCACAUUAACUCCAUCUGCCGCUUCCUCCUGGGAUACCGCUACGAUUUGGAUGAUCCGCACUUCGCGUCGCUGCAGGAGGCUCUCUCAGGCUUCCGGCUGCAGACAGCAGCUGCGCCCAUCGACCAUCGCGCCGAUUGGCUGCGACGUGUGCUGAUCGAGUCUCUUUGGCCUACCUCCGUCAGCGCAAAACGGCGCCAUAAUAUAUCGUCACUCAACUCCGUGGUCAGGGAAUUAGUGCAGAACAAUGAGGACACAAAAAAUAGUGGGCGUGCCAAGAGCUACAUCGACCUGUACAUGGAGAAGAUCCGCGAAGCAGAGAAGCACAAUCAGAACCAAUAUUUCACAGUGGAUAACCUUGUGGGAAACAUGGUUGACAUCCUCAUGGGGGCUGCCACCAGCGGCACCUUUUACCUUCACUGGCACCUGCUCAACGUAGCCAGCCAUGCGGAUACACUACAGGCUGAGCUGCAACGAGAGAUUGAAACCGUGGUAGGCAGUGAUCGCUUACCAAGGUGGGAAGACCAUACAUCAAUGCCACUAACCAUGGCAACUAUCUGGGAGAUGUUCCGCUGGAAACUUGCGACACCGUUCAACAUACCACGCGCGGUGGGAAAAGACACGAAGAUGGGCGACUACUACAUUAAAAAAGGCACUGUGGCAACUCCAAAUUUAUUGACAGCCCACAGAGACCAUAAAUUAUGGAAGAAUCCAGAGGAGUUUGACCCUUCCCGAUUCUUGAAUCCAGACGGCACAGCUACGACAAAGAGACCUGAUGGUUUGCUUUCUUUUUCCGUAGGGAGAAGAUCAUGUCCCGGAGAAAACAUGGCAAUGGUGGAGAUGUUCCUAUUCCUGACCACCCUGUUGCAUCAGUUCCGCAUCCUUCCCGAAAACGAAAAGCCAAUCAUCAUUACGCCUUUCGGUCCAUCUCCAGAACUAAGAGACACGAAGCUGCGGUUUAUUCUACGCAAGCACUCGUGAUAACGACAGCGUAGUAAAUACACAACUACCGUGUUUUAUAUAUGUAUGUGCAGGAAUCUUGAAAGCAUUUCAUCCGUUACGUAAGUAAUUUCGCCGAUUUCUACAGAGGAGAUUCCGUUUCGUUAAACAGAAAAUCAAUAAACAGAGAGCCAUGAGUGUUCUUUGAU